AGGAGCACCCGACAUUUCUCACCAUGGCCAGGGUGCUGGAGCUAAUCCCGCUGCUGGCGCUGCUCGCCCCAGUCUCCUGCCUGCAAUGCAAGUCCUGCCAGGGGGAGUUUGGCUGCUCCGUGGAGACAGACGUGACCUGCAGCGAGGACGAAUCCAGCUGUCGGACAGCUGUGCGCAGCGCCGCCGUGUCCUUCCUGCGCUUCCAGGCCGUGUCCAAGGGCUGCGCCCGCCGCUCCCGGCCCGACGAGGCGCUGGCUCUGAGCUCGCACCUGCUGGCGCUGUCCUACCGCUCCCGGCACUGCCAGGGGGACGGCUGCAACGCCGCGAGCCUGGCCCCUGAGCCGACCACCCCCAACCAGCUGAGCUGCCACGCCUGCACCUCGCAGGGCACCUGGUGCCCCCCCUCUGCCCGCACCCAGCUGGGGUGCACUGGGACACAGGACCAGUGCGUGGACCUGGACAUCACCGGCACGCUGGGUGAGUUCACCAACAUGAAGCUGAAGGGCUGUGCCAGCCUCCCGCGCUGCCAGGACGGGCUGGGCUUCCACGCAGGCUCCCGCGCCAUCCACGCCCGCUGCUGCAACACGCCCCUCUGCAACCACCUGGACACGGAUUUCCACGUGGAGGCCGAGCCGCACAACGGGUUGCAGUGCUACAGCUGUGUGGACCAGGACGGAGGCGGCUGCGCCAGCAACUCGAGCGCCACCGUGCCCUGCAUGGGGCACCACAACAUGUGCCUGGAGGGGAUCGGCCGCACCCGCCCCGGUGGCACCGAUUCAGUCCUGGUGACCUUUAAGGGCUGCGCCACCCCGGCCAUGUGCCAGAGCUCGCUGCUGGCCCUGGUGCAGGAGCUGGACGGCGCCGAGGUCUAUUGCUGCACCGGGAGCCUCUGUAACACCCGCAUUAUGGACGGGCGGGUGGCCGAGGGGCGGCCCAGCCACCCCUCCCCCACCCCCAAGCCAGACUGCAUCCUGGAGGAAGACAAGGAGGAGGAGGACGUGGUCCCCGUUGCUGGGGGCCACCCUCCGUUGGCAGGGAGCCACGGCGACCGGGAGGCGAAGACCACCGAGAGUUCCGAAGGGCGGGGCUUGGAGGAGGGAGGGGCCUUUGUCGCCGGGAACCACGCCGCGUCGCCUACAGGCGGACAGGGAGUCACCCCGCGCCCCGGCCACGGGACCGCGUCUGCCGAAGACCGCAACAACGCCGGCUCCAGGGACAACGCCUUCAGUGCGGGAGGGGUCUUUUCCGAGAGCAACGCCUCGCGGCCGACGGGCGUCCCUCACCCCGAUCCCAGGGCUACAGGCGGCCCCGCUACCAUCGUCCUGGACGGGAGCAGCCGCUCGGAGCCCGACACCAACAAGACACCAGAGAACGCCCGGGAGAUUCCAGCCGGCAGCGGCCUGGCCCACACAGACGAUGAGGAAGAGGAGUGCGAGGAAGAAACCAAUUACUCUGCCCGGGACCACAUUACCGGUGGCUCCGGCACCGAAAGCCGCACCGGGUCAGCCAGAGAGAGCUUCGUGGCCGAGGGCAGCGCCACUCACAGCACCGGCGGGUCGACUCCCGGCUCCCCCGGCAACCGGAUCGACACCGUAGUCCACAUCCCCCAUCUCGCCACCAGGCAGAAUGAGAGCUUCUUCUCUGAGGACAAGGAGGGAAGUUCCAGCCAGCCCAGCGCCUCCCCAGCCAGCCCCAGCGGCACCAUCCUGGCCGCCGGAGGAGCCGGAGCCAGGUCCCACCGGGGGAAGAAUAAGACCCUCUGCACCAAGCGCCCGGGAGUGGCUCCGGUCGGCCAAGAGGGCUCCUUGGAGCGCACCGAGGGUGACCGGGACUGGCCAACCAUCUCCCUCCCCAUCACCGUGGAAAUGCCCAACAGCUCCCUGCGAGGUCACCUUGGCAACGCCAGCGCCCCGGGGCUGGACUCAGUGGAGGGGCUGGUGAAGAACACCAGCGACUGGUUGUACGCAAACACCCCAGGGAAGCCACGUCCCCCCUACCCCAGCGGAGCCUUUGGCCUCGGCAGCAACUUUGGCCUCGUCACCCUCACGCUCCUGCUCGCGGUACUGCUGCACUGAGCCCUGCGCGGAACCCAGGAGUCCGGGCUCCCAGCCCCGCUGCUCUAACCCACUAGACCCUGCUGCUCCCUGCCCAGAACCAGGGAGAGAACCCAGGCGCCACCCUAGCACCGAGAGCCUGCCGCCGAGCGGAAGGAAAGCCCUGGCCGGUACCGGAGCAGGACACCUGGGUUCUUUGCGCUUGUCUGAGGGUGCAUCUGUGAAGGUGACACCAUCGCUCCCUGCUGGCUGGAAUCAAAAAUGCUCCCCCCCGUGUGUCAUAGACCCCGUAGUGCUAGUGGCAGAGGGAGAUUUCCCUUAUAGAACAGGGGGCUGGGAGCUCCCGUAGUGGCUGCUGCUCUGAGGGGCCCUAUCCACUCUAUAGGUAGAUACGUAUAGAUUAUCUAGCACUGUAGACUGCCCUGUACUAGAUCCGUUAACCCUUGAGAUGCUGGAGGGUUUGGGGUUUUUUUGCCUGUUAAAGGCCUGGAUUAGAAGAGGGGGUGCGACAUAACACAACAACAACACAACCCAGCACUGCCAGACCGCACAUCCAUAUGGCCACAUGGGCAGACAACAUACAAACGCACAUACACACCCCUGCUCCAAUACACAAAACACACACAUCUGCACUAUCCGAACACACGCACCUCGCAGACACCCAGACACAAGUACACACAAGGCAGGCAGCGUGCGCACGCACAUGCACACACACGCACACACACACACACACAGAGUUUAUUUUGCUAUCUAUGAAGUCUCCUAGGGCUUAAAUAUUUAUUCCGGAGGAACUUUACCCUGUCAGACAACAGCCCCUGGGGAUGGAGGGGGGGGUCUCUCCCGUUUGCCCCCUGCCUCUUAGAGCCCCAUGCUGGGGGGGGAAAGGGGGGCGCGGUCUCAUCCCUCAGCUGGUUGGCUGCCGACGGGGCCAUUUACUGCCCUGGGGAGACGGAUUACCAACCACCACCGACCCCCACUCCCAGUUGAUGUUUAACUUAUUGUCCAUUGGUGCAGGCACGGAACCAGAGCCCUGCUCUGCCCCCCGCCCCCCCCCGGCGCCCCCUGCCUGCAGGAC